AUGGGUCAAUUAUGUAUUGAGAAACCAAAACAAAAACACUCAGAAGAUAAUUUACGAGAACUUAAUCAAAAAACCUAGAAUAAUCCAUAAACAUAAGAAUCGUCUCUUUAAAAUCCAAAUUUAACAGAAUAAGAAGCCAAAGAAAAAAUUUAAGUUAAAUUACUUGAUUCUGUAAACACUCACUAAAAUUAAUCCAUUCAUGAUGUUUAUAAAAUAUUAUCCCCUCCAUUAGGAAGUGGUAAAGUUAUAUUAAUCUCAGGUUCCUAUGCUGAAGUGCGUAAAGGAGUACACAAAGUUUUAGGUAUUACAAGAGCAAUAAAAAUCAUAUCCAAAUCAGAAGCCACAAAUGAAGAGGUUUCUAGAGUCUUACAUGAAGCAGAAAUACUUAAACAGUUGGUAUCAAAUAUUUAAUUUAGGAUCACCCUAAUAUAGUAAAAAUUUUAGAGAUAUACUAAAACUCUGAAUAAAUUUUCAUUGUAACUGAGUUAUGCACUGGAGGUGAAUUAUUCGAUGCUAUAGUGGAAUCUCAACAUUUUUCAGAGAAAGAUGCAGCUAAAAUUAUCAAAUAAGUAUUGCUAGGCUUAAAUUACUGUCAUCAACAUAAAAUAGUUCAUAGAGAUAUUAAACCAGAAAAUAUUGUUUUUGAAAGCAAAGAUAAAAGAGGAACAAUUAAAAUAAUAGACUUUGGAACAUCAAGGAUAUUUAAUCCUCAUUAAAAGAUGAAUCUAAAAAUAGGAACUGUAACUCUAUUUAUCUAUCUUUAGCCAUACUAUAUAGCUCCAGAAGUAUUAAAAAAAAAGUAUGAUGAAAAAUGUGAUAUGUGGUCUUGUGGAGUUUUAACUUAUAUAUUAUUAUGUGGUUAUCCACCAUUUAAUGGAAAAUCUGAAGCAAAGAUAUUAGAAAAGGUAGAAUAAGGAAAAUAUGAAUUCAAUUCAGAGGAAUGGGAUAUAAUCACUGAAGUAGCAAAAGAUUUUAUUUCUAAAUUGAUGGAAAAAGAUCCUUUCAAAAGAUACAAUGCUGAAUAAGCACUAAAACAUCCAUGGAUUGCAUAAUAAAAUGAAGAUGUUUAAAAUCAAUUGCCUUAAAUUGACAGAGCUUUAAAAAAUAUGAAAACAUUUAAAGUAAUAUAUUUUGAUAUUUUUUUAGUCAACUAAAUAACUUCAAUCUGCUAUUUAUCAGUACAUAGUUAAUUAAUUUUCAACUUAAGAAGACAAAUCAGAAUUAUUGAAAACUUUUAAAGCCCUAGAUACUAACAAUGAUGGUUAAUUAAGCAAAUAAGAACUACUUAUUGGAUUAAAGAAGGUUAUGAGUGAAUACUAAGCUAUAGAAGAAGUAGAUAGAAUCAUGAAAGAUACUGAUUAAAAUAAUUCAGGAACUAUUGAUUAUUCUGAAUUUGUUGCUGCUUCCAUAAAUAGGUCAAAACUAUUAUCAUAAGAUCGAUUAGCUAAAACAUUUAAGGCUAUUGAUAAAGUAAAUUUGAAACUUAUAUUAGGAUGGCAAUGGUUCAAUAAGUAUAGAUGAAUUGAAAUUAAUUUUUGGAAAUGGAUUAGUUCCAGAUUAAAUAUGGAAGUAAAUCAUGAAUGAAGUUAAUGAUAAAGAAGAGAUAACUUUUUAAGAUUUUUCAGAAUUAAUGUUAAAUUUGGCAUUUUGA